GUAGGUUACGAUCGCACAUGCGCAGAUGCAGCAGAGUAAUUUGUUGAUAUCCUGCUUAGUAGUAUUCAUUUAAACUUUGGUUUUUCAAAGCCAAAUUUAUCCCUAGCCUCGGGGUUUUAAUUCUAUAUGAAGGGCUAAUGGAAGACACAAGGGAUUUGGCUGAACGCACCCCGCGUUCAGAGCGUAAGCGGAGAGACUCGUUCGGGAUGUUUGAUGGCUACGACAGCUGCAGCGAGGAGUCUACCAGCAGCUCCAGCUCGGAGGACAGCGAGGACGAGGUAGUGCCCUCCAUCCCUGCCAGCCUGCCCAUCAUCAAGAACAAUGGUCAGGUCUACACUUACCCUGACGGCAAGGCUGGAAUGGCCACUUGUGAGAUGUGUGGGAUGGUUGGAGUACGAGAUGCUUUUUAUUCCAAAACCAAGCGCUUCUGCAGUGUGUCCUGUUCUAGGAGUUAUUCCUCCAAUUCCAAAAAAGCUAGCAUCUUGGCAAGACUCCAGGGCAAGCCACCAACAAAAAAGGCGAAGGUCUUGCAGAAACAACCUCUAAUGGCAAAGUUGGCUGCUUACGCCCAGUACCAAGCAAGUCAGCAGAACCUGGCCAAAUCAAAAGCUGUGGUCCCUGCAGAAACCUUUGAAUGGGGUCGGUAUAUCUGUAGCAAAAACACCAUUGGAGCUCCUGUCAGCUGUUUCAAGCAUGCCCCUAUGGGGAAAUGCUGGGGAGACAUAGAAGAAGGAGUGAGGAUUGAAGUGGUCAACACUGAUUCCAACCUUUCCACUAAGGUGUACUGGAUAGCAGAAAUCAUUAAGCUAGCAGGGUUCAAGGCUCUCCUGCGGUAUGAGGGCUUUGACAACGACACCAGUAAGGACUUCUGGUGUAAUCUCUGCAUCCCUGAAGUGCACCCGGUGGGAUGGUGUGCUUCAAGUGGCAAACCUCUUGUACCUCCAAAAAGCAUACAUCAUAAGUACUCUAACUGGAAAGCCUUUCUUGUGAAGCGUCUCACUGGAGCUAAAACGCUGCCCCCUGACUUUAAUGCCAAGGUACACGAGAACUUGCAGUACCCGUUUAAGAAGCUAAUGCGGGUAGAGGUGGUUGAUAAAAACUACCUGUGCCGGACACGGGUGGCACUGGUGGAGCAGGUAAUCGGAGGUCGCCUCAGGCUGGUCUAUGAGGAGAGCCAGGACGGGUCGGAUGACUUCUGGUGCCACAUGUACAGCCCCCUAAUCCAUAAUAUAGGCUGGUCGCGCAGCAUUGGACACCGCUUCAAACGAUCCGAUGUUACAAAGAAAAUUGAGGGUCAAGUUGAUGCGCCUGCACCAUUCUUCCAUAAGGUAAAAGAUGUGGACCAGAGUGGGGAUUGGUUUAAAGAUGGAAUGAAGUUAGAAGCCAUUGACCCCCUCAACCUCUCAGCUAUAUGUGUAGCCACUGUAAGAAAGGUGUUGGCAGACGGGUACCUCAUGAUCGGGAUCGAUGGUUCGGAGGCAGUGGAUGGAUCAGACUGGUUCUGCUACCACGGCACCUCCCCUUCCAUCUACCCUGUCGGCUUCUGUGAAAUCAACAACAUUGAACUUACGCCCCCUAGAGGGUACACUAAACUGCCAUUUAAAUGGUUUGACUACCUCAGAGAAACAGGUUCAAUAGCUGCUCCUGUCAAGCUCUUUAACAAGGAGAUUCCCAAUCAUGGUUUCCGCCAAGGCAUGAAGCUGGAGGCUGUUGAUCUGAUGGAGCCGCGGCUGGUGUGUGUUGCCACGGUGACAAGGAUUGUGCACCGGCUACUGAGGAUCCACUUUGACGGCUGGGAGGAUGAGUAUGACCAGUGGGUGGACUGCGAGUCACCUGACCUCUACCCCGUAGGCUGGUGUCAGCUGACUGACUACCAGCUGCAACCCCCCGCCUCACAGAGUAACAGAGAAAUGCCUCAAUCUGUACCCAAGCAGAAGAAAAAGGCCCAGCAGUAUAAAGGCCAAAAGAAAAAGAGGAAGAUUCCAGUUGGUCGGCGGCCCUUCAGUCAGACAGGCAGGCGGAGGAGCAGCUUCUCGGGGGACGAAGAACAGAGUCCGCCCCCUUAUCCUGCCCAGGGGCCCUCUCGGCCCCGACCCCGAACCCACCUCCACCAAACCCACAAAUCAGAGUCUCUCAUGCGAAUGAAGGAGGAGACGGCUGAGAUGGACGAGUUUACCUUCUCACAGGGCACCUCCGACCAGGAAAGCAACGGCUCCGGCAGCUACUACAUCAAACAGGAACCCUGAGGUCGGAGCGGAGAAGGACGAACCGGGGCAGGACACCUCUGGAAAACCCCAGCAAGGUCAGGAACUUGGAGUGUCAAACCAGUCUCAAAUCUCACUCAGACCAAUGCCACGGGCCUUCUACGGAGUCAGUAAAGGAGAUGCUGAUGACAAGGAGAAGGGGGCACUUUCAUGCUUCUGAAAAACCCUGAAGGGAACAUCCCUCUGAACCGGUUUCUAACCUUGUAGCUGUGUGUGCACAUAAUCAGUCACAAAAC